UGCUCCAUGCACUAUCAAAAGUAGCUACUGAUACAGAAGAAGCAAUAGCAAGCAGAAGAGAAUUCGGGUUUUGUGGCAAGCCAAAUGGGAGAGUGGAUAACGCAGUGGAGGGUAGAAUUUUUGGGGAGGGAAUGGAACUUUGUGGAUAUAGGCUCAGUGGUUGUCGUGUUUAGUUUGCACUGCCUUACUCUUUUAGCUCCAUUUCAUUUCAACUGGCCUGCAUUUUGGGUGGCAGUUGCACUAUAUUUUGUUGUAGGUGUGAGUGUAAAUCUCUCUUACCAUAGGCAACUUUCCCACCGGAGUUUCAAGCUUCCCAAAUGGCUUGAAUACUUUUUUGCCUAUUGUGGGGUUCUAUCAUUUCAGAGAAGUCCACUUGAAUGGGUGAGCAUACACCGAUCUCACCACCAAUUUACUGAUACAUUGAAAGAUCCUCAUAGUCCCGUUAGAGGAUUUUGGUAUAGUCACAUUGGUUGGAUCUUCGAUUUUCGGUCUCGGUUUGGAAGUUAUGAUGCACGACUCAAGAACGUUGGAGACUUGAAAAGGGAUCCAUUCUAUAGAUUUCUUCAUUAUACGUACCCCCUUCAUGCAAUUAGUUUUGGAGUGCUACUCUAUGCUGUUGGAGGACUACCAUUUUUGGUUUGGGGGCUGGGUGUGAGAUCAGUAUGGAAUACUGGUGAUCUGUCUAGAAACAACUGGUUAAUUGGAUUGAUGGCUCAUGGAGAAGGUUGGCACAAUAAUCACCAUGCAUUUGAAUACUCGGCUCGGCAUGGCUUGGAAUGGUGGGAAAUUGAUGUUACGUGGUAUGUAAUAAGAUUUCUUGAAAUCAUCGGUUUGGCAACAGAAGUAAAGCUUCCCACUGAGACUCAGAAGAAACGAAAAGCUUUAUUUAUAAGCAACAACCUGAACAAUCAAAUCAGCGAGCUCGAGGAAAAGCUUGAAACAGAAAUCAACAACGGAAAGAUUUGAUCAACAAAAUCAUGGAAGCUUGAAUCUCUAUCCAGCUAUUUAAUAUGCAGCCCUAUAUGAUCCUCGAAAGAAAAGAUAUAUAUGCAGCCUAUAUAUAUAUGCUUGUUAAUAACGCUUUACUUUCACUGUACUUUCCUCGACUAAUUAAUAUUAUGUAUCUAAAUUAUAUUGAUCUGGAGUUGUUUUCA